CAGUUUCCUUCUUCCUCUUCUUGUGCAGCUGUUAGCAGCAAAGAAAAGAACCAUGUCUGGGACGCGCAAGAACAUCAAAAGUCUCUUUUCUGGUCCCUCCAAGAUGAGAACAAAGCUGAGCUAAACCAAAGGACUCUGCAUCCAUGCGCCAGCUAAGAGUGCUUGCAGCUUGAAUCAUUAUACAUCAAACCGAAAUUUAUCUCUUCAUCUCAUCAACAGUGAAAAGAAUGGGUGGUCUUCUUCUUCUUCUUCAUCAAGUUAAAGUCUUGAGCUACCUUCUCUUUCUCCUCUUUAUCUGCCAUGAUACAGCUAUGGGAACUCUAACUUUCAAGCCAAUCAAGGCUAAUUGCAGCAGCACCAAAUACACAGAGAACAGCACCUUCUCCACCAACCUCAACUCCCUUUUAUCCACCCUCAAAGCCAUGUCCUCAUUUUCAAUCUCCACCAACCAAACUUUCGGCCAGGCCCCGAACUCCGUCUUUGGCCUCUUCUUCUGCACUGGCGACCUCUCGGAAGACAAUUGCCAACCAUGCAUUCAAACCGCCAUCAAAGACAUCACUGAGAGUUCAUGCCCAAGCUCAAAACAAGCCAUCAUAUGGUAUGACUACUGUGAGCUACGUUACUCUGAUACCAACUUCUUUGGACUCCCAGAUACCUCUGGCUUCAACAUGACCAACCCUUUUGAGAAUACAAGUUCAUCAAGACCGGUGGAAGUGGUAGCCCAGUUGGUGAAAGAGGCUCCGCUAGAAAAUCCUAUCAUGUUCAAGUCCUUAGCUUUGAGAUCUGAAAGCUUGGAUGCUCUUGCCCAGUGUUCCUCAGACUUAACUAGACAAGGAUGUAGUGAUUGCUUGACUACCAUCUUCACAAACAUCAAGGCUUGUUGUAUUGGUGCCAAGGGAUGGAGAUAUUUAGCUCCAAGCUGUUGGAUAAGAUAUGAAGCCACUCCUUUUCUUCAGAAUGUCAAUGGAGUGAAUACAACCAUCACUCAAAGCUAUUGUUCAAGCAAUGAGUUCCCAGCUUCUAAUGGCCUGAAUGCCACCACACAGAUUGAGAGUCUUUUGUCAAGCUUAACUGAACAAGCUCCGGCACUAAAUGGCUUCUACAACAGCAGUGUAGGAAAGGGCGUGAACAAGGUCUAUGGCUUAGCACUCUGCAGAGGAGAUUUACAAAACAAGAAGGAUGAUUGCCAGAGCUGCCUCAAGAAUGCAAGUAAAAGCAUAGUAGUAGAAUGUUUAAACAACGAGCAAGCCAUUGAAUGGUAUGAGAAGUGCUUGGUCCGGUACUCCAACCAGAGUUUCGUUGGGGUGGUGGACACCGAUUUUGGCAGGACACUAUGCGGCCCAGAACAGAUCAGUCAAGCUGACUAUAACGCCACGUUGACACUAGCAAUGGCUCUGAUCAAUGAUGCACCCAAUUCUCCCUUGUUUUUUAGAGCUGGAGCGCAUUUGUCUAACAGCUAUGUUCUUGUACAGUGCACUAGAGAUCUCAGUAAGGAUGGGUGCAGGCAAUGCUUGCAGAAUGGAAUGAGUAGUGUCUCCGGUCAAUGCAACCAGACCAAUGGUUGGCGGUAUCUCUCUGGUAGCUGCACCUUGAGGUAUGAGGUCAAUCCUUUCUUCAAUGUGUCUUUCAUAUCGAUUCCAUCACCGGACUCUCCUCAAGAAAAGGAUGGUGCAAGCAAGAAGAGGUCAUCCGGUGUUAUUAUUGCUGCUAUUGUUGCGCCAAUUCUAGGAGUCAUCCUCUUAGCUUCUAUCCUCUAUCUGUGGUGGAAGCUGAGUCAUAAAAAUGAUAACAAAGGAGAGCAUAUACAUGAACUCAGGCCGCUGACAACUCAGGAAUUACCCUACAUGAAUCUAGCUACCAUACUAGCAGCUACUAGUAACUUCGCUGUGGAAAAUAAGCUUGGAGAAGGGGGAUUUGGUCCUGUUUAUAAAGGUGUUCUGAAUAAUGGAACAGAGAUUGCAGUUAAGAGGCUUUCAACAAAAUCUAAGCAAGGUGCCAUUGAAUUUGAAAAUGAGGUGAAGUUGAUUGCCAAACUACAGCAUAGAAAUCUUGUAAGAAUGCUUGGUUGGUGUGCUGAGAGAGAAGAGAAGCUGCUCAUUUAUGAAUAUCUGCCAAACAAGAGCCUUGAUGCUCUUCUUUUUGAUUCAGAAAAGCGAGUACAACUAGAUUGGAAUACACGGCUUCAAAUCAUCAGAGGAAUUGCGAGAGGUCUUCUCUAUCUUCAUGAAGACUCACUGCUCAAAGUCAUUCACAGGGACCUCAAAGCCAGUAAUGUUUUAUUAGACAACAAAAUGACACCCAAGAUAUCAGACUUUGGCAUGGCUAGGAUAUUCAGAGGUGAUGAAAGUGAAGCCAAUACAAACAGAGUCGUUGGAACUUAUGGUUACAUGGCUCCAGAAUUUGCAAUGGGAGGCCUAUUCUCUGAAAAGUCUGAUGUUUAUAGCUAUGGGGUUCUCUUACUAGAAAUAGUAACUGGACAAAGGAAUGGAAGAGCACACUUUGAAGAACAUGGCAAGACUCUUAUCAGAAAUAUGUGGCAUUUGUGGGUUGAAGGCAGGGCACAAGAGUUGUUAGAUCCUUUGUUCGGUGAUUCAUGUCCAAUUAAUGAAGCAAAGAAGUGUAUGAAAAUAGGAUUGUUGUGUGUGCAGGAAAAUUCAGAGGAGAGGCCUAUAAUGUCUACAGUUGUUCAUAUGUUGAGGAGUAGUGAUGAAACAUUGUUUCCAGAGCCCAGCCAACCUCCCUCCUUUAUGGGACAGAGAACCUUUGUGCCUAAUGAAUCAUCAUCAAGCAUCAGAUCUGAUGCAACCAGCGUUCAUUCUGUCAACCAUGUUACCAAUUCUGAUGUCCAAGCUAGAUAGUUCAAUAGUUCUCUUGAUCAAUUAAUCUUAUAAGCAAUUAGAUGUUUGAUCAAAUGUUUGAUUGGUUAAACACAUGAAGAACAAUGAAUUAUGCAUCUGCAAAGACGAGUGCAUAUUGGUCUUGAAGUGAAGAGUUUAUUUUCAA